UCUCCUAUCAAAACCUGCCUUUUGGAUUAAAGAGGCAAAUUGGUUUUAUCCAAUGCGUACGUUAAAGUGGGACCCAUGGUUUUCCCCUGAAGAGGAAACAAGUAUAGCAAUAGCUUGGAUUUCUUUUCCUACUUUGGCUCCUAAUUACUUUGGAGAAUCACAAUUAUUCUCUAUGGCCUCUGCUGUGGGAAAGCCAUUGAUAAUUGAUCUUGCUACAAAAAAUAAGACACGACCUAGUUGUGCUUGGGUUAAAGUGGAGGUUGAUUUAUUGAAAGAGCAUCCUGAAAGAGUUGCAAUUCAAGCAGUUAAUAAGGCUACUGGAGAAAUUAGAACAAAAUGGGUGAAAAUUCAAUACGAUUAUGUGCCAAAGUACUGCACGGAGUGUUGUUUACAAGGUCAUGAUGUGGAAGGUUGCUGGAAACUUCAUCCUGAACUUUUGCCAGAGAAAGAAGAGGAGAUUGUGGAUAAAGGGAUGCAGGUUGCUAAACCUAACAAUGAUAAUGGUGCUGUUCAGGGCAAUCACAAAGGCAAAAAUCAUAGUUCCAAUUUUAAUAAGCUGCAUAAUCAUACCAUCAAGGUGUUGCAAAGUGGAAAGGUUCUUGGCAAUGUUCAAGAUCUGUAUAGAUGGCAAAAUCACAAAGACAAAAACCAGGUGAAAAUAAAUGAUAAUGUGCAGAAGCUGGUGAAUGUCAAACAAGGAAAAGUUGUUGAUAAAAAUAUUGGGAAGGAAACAGGUGCAGUUGAGAAUAAUAACAAGCAGGCUGAUGCAGCAGGAGGCAAUGUGCCUGUUGAUAAUAAUCACAAGGUCCAUGCAGUCAAAAGUGCAGGUCCUAGUACUGUUCAAACUACCAACAAAUUUGCAGCAUUAGGAGAUUGUGUAGAGGAGCAUGAUGAGGUAGUAGAAGUUGUAAAUGUUGAUGCAGGAAACCAGAUGGAUGCAGCAAUAAUACAGGAGGUUAAAAACUCAGAAUUGGCUAAUGUUGUUGGUGACUCAGAAAAACAACUGGUUACUGUUUCAGUGCCAGAGAAUGUUAAUGUUGAUGCUUCAGCAAUUCCCAAGCAACUGACUGUUAAUGCAGUUGCUUUUUCUUCUGGGGUAACUGGUGGUAAUCUUCAGAAGCGGUGGUUGCAGCAGUUGAUGAUGCAGGGACUUUAAAAGUUGCAGAAGUGGUUAAAGGUACUGUGAUGCCUCUGAAUAGUUCAGAAGUCCCAGUGGCUGAAAAGCAAUUAAAUGUCAAUGCAAAAGUAUUUUCUCCCAAUAAAAAGAAAAACUCACCUGUUAAGACUAAGCAAUGGGUGCCCAGUUCUUCUCCAAAAUCAGUCCAGGCCUUGGUUACUACUAAUAAAGCUUGUGAAGAAAUUCCUUCAACCACUUAUGUUGGUGCUAGUGGGGCUAGGAGAUUAUGGAGUGAUCAGGUGGAGGAAAACAUUGAAGAAAGUGAGAUUUUAGGAGGGAAGGAAUAUACUCAAGAGCAGUCUAAUGAAUCAGUGACACCAGAUGGUAUUGAAAUCAUGUUUGGAGUUUCAGAGGAAGUAGCUGAUGUUCAUGUUAAGAAAGAUAUUGACAUUUAACUGAGAACAGGCAGGUUCCGAGUGAGAGUGUUAAUACAUUGCCUAAUGAUGUUGAUCAAGAAAGGGACAAGCAGGUAGAUCAUGGUAUAAUGGCUCAGCUUGAUGAGGUGGUUGAACAGGUGCUAAGACUAAUAUAUCUAAACAGGUUGUGCAGCAUGACAGCAAUAAAAAGAAUCAAAAUCAAGUUGCAGCUUCUCAUGCCAAUAUUGGGCAGUUGCAAGUGGCAGUAGCAGAUGGAAAUAUUGGCAAGAAUGACACGGAUGAAGAGUCUACUGCACAGAAUUUUCUUAAUGCUGCUAGGGAGGGUGAUAUAUCACCUAGAGAGGUGCAAAGGGGAAAAUUCAGAAAUAAAAGUCAUACAAGGAAGGAAAGUUGGGAUGGAAAGGUGACUGAAGAAUUUAUCCCAAGGCAUAUUCCAACGAGGCAAGCAAAACAAAAAGUGGCAGCUCCUACCACUUCAAAUAAGUCCACAAGAUCCAAGAAAAAUUAAUUAAGUUCCAAGAUUUUUUGGAAAGGCUAGAAGAUCAAGACAAGUUUGAAGAACUACAUACUUUAGAAGAUUUUACAAGUCCAAAGAAUAAGGGUCUUGACUCUAUUUUCUUUCUUGUAUUAUUUUCUCAUUAUCAUUUGUAAUAUCAUCACAGAGUGUGUUAUUAACUCUGUGAUGAUUAUAGCUUAUUUGGUACUUUCAAGUUCCUACUUUUUACAUGCUUGCUAGUAGUAGAGGCUUUUCCUUUUCUUUGCCUCAAUAGGAUUAGUAAGGUAAGGCCUAGUCCCCCUUGCUUGUACUUUUCCCUUGGUGGUUUGCUUUCUAGAAAAUAAAUAAAAUAGCCCUAGGCACCAAAAAUGCCUAGUGGAAUUUGCUAAAAAAA